AUGGAGCAGUUUCUGCGGGCCAUCUGCAGAGAAGAGCUUUAUAUGGUCGAAGAUGACAAGAUCAGGUUAAUGGCACUGGAAUUCAAGGAAUCCUUGCGGAAUCUGUCUAGGCGCCAAGAAAAGCCACGAGGCACGCCAAUGUUUUCCACGCAUGAUCCUGAUAAAAUGGCCCAUCGCAGAUACAAUAGCCCCCGGGUGGACGAAUAUGAGAGGGAUAGAACGUACCUCUUUGUCGAGCAUAUAUGCAGUCCGAGUCAGUCCCCGGGACAGUACCCGACUUCCUUUGCCGUCACCAGAGAAAUCUUCUUUUCGUUUUUCGGUCGAGAACCCCCCUACGCAAUACUAUCUCAAGGGAAUGCUCCUGUGCCACCUAAUCCCGCUCAAACAAAAGGUACGGACAGUCAAGAGGCCAAUGAAAGCGCAGCUAGUCCGCAACAUACAGCAACAGGCAAUACUCUGGUCCAGGACAACCAAAGAGGUGAGGAAACAGCGACGCACUCAGUCGGGAAUAUGUCGGUUCACGAUGAGUUACCGGAGCUUGUAGUAUCAGAACCCGUUGAUCUCGAACCUCAUUCUCCAGGUACUCCUGAUCGUGUGAUGGACGGGGUUGAGAUUGAUCCGCCACUGGCGCAUGGGUUCGAGGAUCACACGUGCAAGGCCCCAUUGGAGAAAAGAGCAGAGAUAUCUCUUCAUCGAAGUGCAACCCAGGUCCUUGAUAUGUGGCGUGACUCUGAUAGCAGAGACCUCAUUGUGCUUUAUAUGUUUGAGUCCCGGGGAUAUAUCAAGUUUCUUGCUCAGGGUGGGUUAAACUUACGGCUGACCUUGAAUGAUCUUGCGCGAGAUCACUAUUUUCUUACUAUCAACGGGGAUGAGGUGGAGGCACCAGAGAAUGUAUAUGAAGAUGCUUUAGAAAAGCGACUUGUCUUGGUUGGCAGAAGAAGGCUUGCCCAAAGACAUGGAAUUAGAAACGGAUAUGGACAAAUCUCGUUAAGUGAGUUGCGAAGAUACUUGUCCGCAUAUGCUGUCCAGACAGGAAAGAGAAAACUUGAAGAUGACAAUAGUUCCCAGAGUCGGGAAAAGCGCCAUAUUUCUGGUUGA